AUGGCGCCAAAACACAAACCAAGAGACGAGGAGGACCCACUUUCCGGAACCUCCGUAAUCACGGAGCAACAUGAAGCACCUGAAGUUUCCAAGGUCUCCGAACGUUUCCAAGCCUCAUUGGCUCGGUUCGCCUUUUCCGACUUCCAUUUUUCAAAUCAAAAAUCCAAGGCGCCCGGUUACGACAAAGCCACAACGACCCAGAGCCUGAGGCCACGAAAUCAGGAUCAUGCAAAAGGGCCGGACAGCCCAGUACCCUCAAGCUCUCGCGUAAAGGUUCUGAGGACAAGAAAGCGGUCGAUGUGGGCACUUGACGAGGGUCCCAAUCAAUCGGUCGGUCGUUUAGAACCUGGCUCUUCCCCCAAGAAACAGAAACGGGGGUAUGCCGAGCCGUCUACGUACGCUCACCUGCGGGAACUUCGGAAUCACUUGCGGAGUGGGUUAGAAGUGGUUUUUUGUGGUAUUAACCCAGGUCAGACGUCCGCUGAGAUAGGGCACCACUUUGGUGGUCCAACAAACCACUUCUGGAGCUGCCUGUAUGAAUCAGGCUUCACCACACGACUUCUCCGUCCUCAAGAAGACUUCAUUCUCCCAGAACAGUUUUCGAUCGGAAUGACGAAUCUGGUUGGUCGUCCAACUGCUGAGGUAUCGCAAAGCGAGCUAUCCAAAGCCGAGCAAAAAGCGGGAGUUCCUGCUCUCCUCGCCAAGAUCGCCACACACCGCCCCAAGAUUGUCUGCUUUGUUGGACUGGGAAUCGCGGACAUCGUGAAAUUUAAAGUGAUGCCGGCUGGAAAGGGCCGAAAGACGAAGGCGGCUAUCGGGAUUCAGCCCUACAAGCUUCAGUAUCAAGAUGAACAAGCAUGCCCCAAGGAAACCCGCUUUUACGCUGUGUCUAGUACGUCAGGCCGUGUGGUUACGUACCAGAAAAAGGACAAGGUGAAUCAGUUCAAGGCUUUGAAGUCGGUCUUGGAUUCUUUACGGAACAACAAUGUUGAUACCUCCUCUCUUCACGCUCUCCAAUUGAAUGAUCUACAAUGUGUAAUCUAA